AUGAGGGGAGAGAGAGAGAGAGAAAAAGAAACGAUCUAUCUACAAAAUUUGAAUUUAUCCAUGUGUACUGAUAUAGAUUAUCUGCCGCAAAUGAUGAUGCUCACUGAAAAAGAAUUUCGGUUAGUUGAUGAUUACGAUCGAAGAAAUAGCUGGACACCAUCAGUCACAUCUUCAUCGUCUUCGUCGACAGCCAACACGGCUAGCACCAAUCCAACCUCGUGGAUUGAAAGGAAACUAUUCAGUCAUUUGAAGCGUUUCUUUCGCCGAAGUCCACCCCAAUCGCAAUCCAACUCUCUGACAUCAAGUCGUCGACCAUCUUCUCUUGGUGAAGAAAUUCUUUCAUUAUCAGCCAACGAACAAUCAAAACAAACGCCCGAAGAAGAAGAAACCAACUCGACAGCAGUAGAAAAUCCUUGUCAUGAACAUAUCGAUACUACUACUUGUUGUUGUUGUUCUUCUUCUUCUCCUUCUUCUAUUCCUCCUGAAUCGAUCUCAAAGCCAGUUUGCGAACAAAAACCUACAAUAGCAGAUUCUUCCAAUGCGCUCGAUUUGUUAUAUGAUUACGAUCGUCUUCUAGCUCGUUGCAUCGAACGACAGGAACAUGAUUUAACUGAAAUGAUUUCACGUUGUCAAUCGCCUGUAACCAUUCCCCAUGCUGAUAUAACUGUCGGACAAUCACGUUCAAUUUUGAACAAUUGGAAAUCGUAUACACGAUUGUUUCGUGCAUUAAACCGUGAUCCGCAUUUAUUUCAACAAUAUGUGAACCAAUAUUAUGGUUGUCAGUCGUCGAUCAAUCAACGUGAGCAGUUGACAUUUAAUACUCGAACAACUCGAACGACGUUUGACAAUGUAUUGAAGAAGUAUCUUGAUGAAUAUGUGACGUGCUUAGCUUGUCAGAAAGCUCGAACGCAUUUAAUCAAAUCAACGGGCUUAUGGCGAAUUGAAUGUCAAUUGUGUGGAAGUCAACGUUCAGUCAAACGUCUUCGAUGGAAUCGUCAAAACAAGCAUUCAUAA